AUGCCUCCCCGCCUCGCUCCCCUCCGCUUGGCCGUCCGCAUCCCGCGGUGCUCCUCCAAGCCGACCGCAACGGCAUUCUACUCAACCGCAACCGCCGCAGACUCCAACCAGCCGCUGAUAACCGUCACCCAGCUUCCCGCCCCGGGCUCCGGACACAUCCGCAUCCUCGAACUCAACCGCCCCAAGGCCCGCAACGCCAUCUCCAAGGCCCUGCUGUCCCAGCUCCGCGCCGAGAUCGACGAUGUCCACGCCCAAUACACCGAGAACGGCGAUGAGGUCCCUCAAAAGCAGGUCUUUGGCGGCGUCGCCGGCCAGGACGUCAAGGGCCCAACGCGCGCCCUCAUUCUGGCCAGUGCCGUUGAGACGAGCUUUUGCGCUGGUGCCGAUCUGAAGGAGAGACGCGGGUUCACGCAGGAGGAAACCGACGAGUUCCUCUCCAACCUCCGCGGCACAUUCAACUCCCUCCAGAGCCUCCCGAUCCCCACAAUCUCCGCCAUCUCAUCCAUCGCCCUCGGCGGCGGCCUCGAGCUCGCCCUGUCCACGCACUUCCGCGUGCUCUCCUCCAACGCCGUCAUCGGCCUCCCCGAGACCCGCCUGGGCAUCAUCCCCGGCGCCGGCGGCACCCACCGUCUGCCCGCGCUGAUCGGCCUCUCGCGCGCCCGCGACCUGAUCCUGACGGGCCGCCGCGUGUCCGCGCCCGAGGCCUACUUCCUGGGCAUCGCGGACCGGCUGGUCGAGGUCACGCACGACGAGGCCGAGAAGGCGGGCGAGGGCGACAAGGAGAAGGGGGCGUUGAUGGUUUCGAGGAGGGCGGCGCUGAGCGAGGCCGUGCGGCUCGCGGGGGAGAUCUGCGAGGGCGGUCCGAUUGCCAUUCGUGCCGGGUUGCAGGCUGUGAACUGGGCGAGGGAGGAGGUCGAGAAUAAGAUGUAUGAGAGGGUUGUCGCCACGGAGGACCGCAAAGAGGCGCUCAAGGCGUUCCAGGAGAAGAGGAAGCCUGUUUUCACCGGACGAUAA